AUGGUAUUUAUUGACCUAGAGAAGGAGUAUGACAAGCUCCCCAAGGACGUCCUUUGGAGGUAUCUAGAGGUGAAAUGUGUGCCAGUGGCUUACAUUAGGGCAAUAAAGGAUAUGUACGAUGGAGCUAUGACUCGGGUUAAGACUGUGGGAGGUGAUUCACAGUCCUAUGGGUUACAUCAAGGAUCUGCACUCAACCCGUUCUUAUUUGCCCUAGCGCUAGAUGCACUGACACACCAUAUCCAAGGAGAGGUGCCAUGGUUUAUGUUGUUUGCUGAUGAUAUAGUUCUGAUUGAUGAGAUGCGAUGCGGCGUUAAUGGGAGACUAGAGGAAUGGAGGCAGGCCCUGGAGUCAAAAGGUUUCAAGUUGAGUAGGACUAAGACAAAAUAUGUGGAAUGGGAUAAUGGCAAUCCCAGGUAUCUAAUUGGAAAUGCUCCCAAUGAAAAGCCUGUAAUGGCUAGUGAUUCUUCUUUUAUGCUCUCCUCCACCCCAGCUAUAAAGAUGCUGGAUUUGUCCAGAUUUAGCAGUCAAACUUGA